UGGGCACUGGUGGGUGGCACUGAUGGGCACAGGUGGGCGCACUGCUGGGCACAAGUUGGUGCAUUGCUGGGCACAGGUCGGUGCAUUGCUGGGCACAGGUGGGUGCACUGCUGGGCACAGGUGGGUGCAUUGCUGGGCACAGGUGGGUGCACUGCUGGGUACAGGUGGGCGGAACUUGUGUGUGGCACUGCUGGGCACCGAUCAUCAGUGGUGAUCGGUGAUCAGUGACCCUGAUGAUCGGUGCCGAUCCCCGCUCUGACAACUGCCGGUUUUCGGCAGUACUUUCCUCACGAUCUGACAGCGUGAGGAAAGUGCAGCCGAGAACCGUCAUUUGCAU